AACAGACCAAGAAGUUUGUUUGUCGCCCCCCCUUUCCCCCCAAUUUCCAUUGCCUGCGACUCCACUAUUGCCUGCACGAAUACAUGCAACAGCCCCAGCCGUUUCUAAGUUUCGGAUCUUGGUUUCCUUGCUGGCAAAAUAGUCCAAUCCCGUCUACUUGUCGCCUUCUUCGUCCUAUUUUCUUCCCUUCUACACUUUGUUUACUUUUUUUUUUUUUGUUGUUGUCACAGGCUUGACGCGUUUUUGGGCGAGUUGAUUAUUGCCCACCCCCAAGAAUACAAACACUCGCUUUCUAUUGUCCACUUGGGUUUUAAUCCCCAAACUACCUACCUUACCUCACCCUCAGUCCUAGAUUAAGGUACUACCUUACCGAACUAGCUUACCCAUUAAGGUAUCUACUUCGUCAACCUUCUCGUAGAACCUAUCUGCUUGCUGCUGGGCGCACAAAAGAGACGUCGUCGUCGACGCCACUGUUUUCUUUUUGACUUUCCCACCAAGCCCCGAAACCAGACCUCAGCUGCCACCCUUGCCCGGAAUCCUGCAUCACAUCACAAUGGCGCUACAAGCCGCAUACGUGCAGUUUCUUACUGCGCCAAACGCGACCGCCCUCGCCGAGAAAGCCACGCUCAACUACAUUACGACGACAACAAGCAUCUCUGGUGCCGCCGAAGUCGUGAAGCACCUGAGCGGGUUGCACAGCCAUGUCAAGAAGAACAAAGAGACGCUCCUUUCGGCAAUUGAGGGCCGCGACGGUCUUGCACUGGCCAUUGAGAUGGACACCUCCCUCGAGUUUGUCAUUAGUGGAGGACCAUAUCUUCCCGGCUUAGACGACAACUUCCUGGCUGAUCGCAAGAUUCAGCUGUGCAUUACCCACAUUGUCGCAUUCGACUCAGACGGCAAGAUUGUCCAAAUCCGCCAGUCAUGGGACCAGGGCUCGCUCCUCAAGCAGGUUGAUGUCAUUGGCAGGAGUGGCCGUAACUGGCCCAUCCGCGACAGCGCUGAGCAGAUCAAGCUUAUUGCCAAGUGCAUCAAGGGUGAGGCCGACGCCUCUGGUGGAGACCUCCCUGUUCGCUCGCGUGCCACCUCCACAAACGCCAUGCGCGACCCGCACGCCUCGUUGAACCUCUUCGCCCCGCGCGCCGAGCAAGAGGAGGUCGAGAUUGGAGCAGUCAUAUCUCCGUACGCAGGCAAGACGCGUCCCCACCAGCGCUCUUUCACCGAAAUCCUGGGCGAUGAGCCAGAGGAUUCCGAGGAAGGUUCUCCCGGCCGCCCCGUCUCGCCAACCAAAGGCAUAGCCCCCAAGGCUGGCGCAGGCAAGCACUUCCCGCAACCGCGACUCUUUGAGACGAACGAGGAGGAAGAGCCGGAUUCACCAGUGCACCACAAGUCCCCCGAACGCCAGUACAAGCCAAACCCCAAGAAGUAUGAGCAUUUCGAGUUCGCCGACGGUUCAGACCCACGGGAUGCGCCCGUCCCUGGAACCGAGUUCGACAAGGUCAAGAGGGGCAAACACAACAGCCAGUGGGACUUCAAGGACUUUGUUACUCCCCAAAAGCCUCGAGGACGUCCUCAGCGCUCUCAGGACGUCCGGCACUGGAGCACCGAGAACGAUGACGCCAUCACUGAGACUCCGGCCGCACGAAAACCCGCUCCGCCCAAGCCCCGACGUGAUGCCGAGACGCACUUUGAGCUUCAAGAUGACGGCCCAGACGGAGAGCCGCGCCCACCCGGCCGCCCGCGUGGCGCUGGCCACAAUGAGGGCUUGGGUCUGUAUAAGAACAACGUGUACAACGAGGACGGCAGUACCCCCGACGGUCCCGAUCCUCGAGCAUUGGGCAACAUCACCAACGUCAGGGAUAGGCGUCGCGACUUUGAUCCGCACUUCGGAAUCACUGAUAACAGCCCUAACCAGGGAGAGAACCCAAGGGGCGUCCCCGAGGGUCGCAAGAAGGCGGUCAAGAUGAUGGAGUCGAACUGGUCGGCAUACGACAAGUCGCCUGUUUCACAGAAGGAGAACAGCCAGCCUGAUCUUCUUGGUGCCAGGAAGGGAGAAGACCAGGGCAUCGCGAUUGGUGGCGAUGGAAUGGGCGGUAAGAAGGGUUCCUCCCGCAACUACAUCUUUGGAGAUCCCGACUCCGAGGACGAGGCCCCUCGCCCCGUGACGAAGAAGCAGGGUGCCGCCCACAAGCCUACGGCGGGUAGCUUCUGGGAUUUCUAGUCUCACUGCAGCGCGGACAUCAGAGGGUCAGCCUUUCGUCUUGCGACCCUAUGGUAAUCACGCUCUAUCUCCUUUGUCCUAUCCUUGUCCUUGUCCAUAUUUGACAUUGAUGACGAUGUGAUGCAUACAUACAUGCUACGAAAUGACCUUCUAUCGUGUUUAUUUCUUUGGCUAAGCGCGCACAAAAGAAGGGAUACAUGGCGUUUUCCUUUAGACAGCAGAGAAACAUGCUGAAGAAGUUCUCCUUUUAGUUUGCGACCUUCUCCUACAUCUUAGAUGAUGUAGGGGAGGCUGUUGUACACAUUAUUGUUGUCUUAUACCUUGGUCUGCUACUUUUAUACCCAAAUUGAAUUUGCUUGGGGAGAUGGGGUUGCCGCAUAAAGACCGGUUUGUUUGACAAUAUUGUGUUUGGGUCGCUUUAGCGAAUGUAUUUUUACCUUCAUAGUUCUCUUGGAAGCCUUUCUUUUGUACAAA